UACCGUCGUCUGGACUGCAGGCGGCAACAGAAUGGGCCGCAUAUCGACGCUCACAGCGAUCACGCUCGUGGCGUGGUGCGCAUCGAGCGGCACUGAUGCCACGCCGCCGGCUCUGCUCGCGGGCCUUGCCACCUAUCCGUCGCCUAGCGUGGCCGCCGUGCUGAUCGGCGGCAAGCUACUGGCCGCCAAGAAGAUCCUCGGCAUCAAAGGCGCCAAGCUCGUCGGUGCCUCCCUGCUCACACCAAUCCUCGCCAAGAAGGCCAUCAAGCCCCUUUUCGGCCUCACCGCCAAGGCCGUCGUGGCCAGCAAGCUUAGCAAGGUCAGCAGCAAGUUCGGCAGCAAGUUCGGUAGCAAGUUCGGCAGUAAGUUCCACAAGAAGUACGUGCCCUGGCCAUUACCAUCGGCUCCGGCAGUCUACGGCGCGCCCACCGUCUACUCAACCACCGUGGUCAAGAAUGAGCCGAAGGAGCAGUGGCCCUCCGCUUGGCCCUCGGCAGCCUGGCCUUCCGCCGCCUGGCCCCCUUCUUACGCCUCGGAAUGGCCAUCUGCGUCGUCUUUCGGCUCUUCUGCGGGUCUCAAGAGCAACGCCUACGGCGGUCUCUCGUACGGUGGACUUGAAUCAGCCCAGGCGCCGGCUUUCUCGUACGCUUCCCUGGCCGCGGCUCCGAAGCUCCAGGCGGCGGCUGCUCCCCUCUCCACCGCUGCAUUUUCGCAGAGCGUUCCGGACGUCUACUCGAGCUACUUGGACACCGUCAAGCAGGCUGUUCCAGCUAACUACGGCUCUUACUCGUUCGGCAAGCCGCUUCACGGACUCGCCUCAUCGGUGAGCGCGGCGAAGCCGUCGCUGACCGCUGCGCUGCCCGCGACGCACAUAAGCUCGGCAAGCAAGUACACGGUGUCCACAGGCUACGCUGGCGGACAGGGUGGUGGCUGGGCCUUCCCGAGCGCCGCUGGCUCGGAGUGGCCCGCGGUUUACAACACCAAGCCUGGCUUCGCCGUGGCGCCAACAGUGACGCUGUGAAGCGACGCCGCCCCAACAGAUGUGACUUGGAAGACUCUCCAGGAACGAUUGCAACAAAGCCGAAGCCACUCGUUUAGCCUGGAUGGAAGUCUGCUAGAAACUCACUGAAGACAAACUCGUGAACGCGUUAACCGACGAGCACUCGCUUGAAUUUGGUCGUGUGCAAUAGCUCGCGCUCUCACAGAGAAAGUUGUUUAUCACUGUAUAUUAAAUGUUGUGAUUUGGUACAGCAAUAAAAAAGUUGUUGCCCGCUACAAAAGUACCGUUCGCCGCGAAGUUGAAGUCUUGAUCUGUCAGUAAACAAGGGACGGGCGAACGAGAGCCGCGGUCGGCG